AUGCCACCCAUCAUUGCUUUCACCCCAAACAAGUCCAAGGAGCAACCAAUCCAACCACCAAUAAUCUUGUUGCAGCAGCCACAAAGUAGUGCAGGUAUAUUCAUGUUUGUUAUCCUUUUCAUCAUUGCGGUGUUGAUGGUUGCCAAUCUGUGGUUGGGCCGACUUGACAAACAGGCAUCGUCGGCGCAGGUUGCUGGGAUCUCGGCGCAGGUUGCUGGGGUGUCGGCGCAGGUUGCUGGGAUGUCGGCGGAGCUUGCUCUGUUGGCGGGGUUGCCAGCGCAGGUCGCUGGAUUAUCGGCCCAGCUUGAUGGACUUGCCCAAGCUGCUCGACCUGGACAAUCUUAA